AUGUCGGGAAAGAACGUCAUUCGUGCGUCUGUCAUACAGGCAUGCUCGGCGCAGUAUUCCCUCUCUGCUACACUCGACAAGCUUGAACGCCUCGUGCGUCAGGUUGCGCAGGAGGGUUCACAGCUUGCGGUGUUCCCCAUGGCUUUUGUAGGUGGUUAUCCGAGGUUCAGCACGUUCGGUACUCGCGUCGGUUUCUGGCCAACCCCUGAAGGCAGGGAUGAAUUCGUUAGAUACUACGAUGCCGCGAUUGAGGUCCCCGGUUCGGAUGCCGUGGCUCGGAUGGAAGCCGUCAGCCGAGAGACCGGCAUAUUCCUUGUUGUAGGGGUGGUUGAACGGCAUUUGGGCACGCUCUACUGCACGGCGGUCUUCGUGGAUCCUGUCCAGGGCUAUGUCACCAAGCACCGCAAACUGAUGCCCACUAUGAUGGAGAGGAUCAUUUGGGGGCAAGGAGACGCAGCACAUCUGCCAGUUCCUCAGGCCACAUUUGCCACGAAAGGUGAAGAACGCUCUGCGAAGGCCAGACUAUCGGCUUCUUUGUGCUGGGAGAACUAUAUGCCUUUGAUUCGCACGUUCUAUUAUUCUCAGGGCACCCAGAUCUACUGUGCACCGACGAUUGACGACUCUCCUGGCUGGCAACAUUCGAUGCACCAUAUCGCUCUCGAAGGACGUUGCUUUGUCCUCUCAGCAUCUCAAUACGCUGAGGACAAGGAUUACCCUGAAGGGCAUGCUGUGGCCGACAAGAAUGAUCCAGUCGACCCGGGCGUUGUGAUGUCGGGAGGCAGUAUCAUCAUUAGCCCUCUUGGAAAGGUUUUGGCAGGUCCAUUAUGGAAACAGGAGGGCGUUCUCACUGCCGACCUGGACUUGGACGACCUCCCUCGUGGCAAGUUUGAUCUCGACGUCACCGGACACUAUGCCAGACAUGAUGGUGAGUAA